UGCGACUCUUCCACAAGUAGAAGCCGCCAAGGGAAGGGGAGGGGGGAGUCAUUCAUAAGUAAACGAAACACGUACUUGGCGGUAUUCCUGACCAUCGCCACCGAAGCCGCCACCGUCUGCGAAAUGGAGAACAUCAAAGCUCCAUUCAGGGGUAUCGCCAAUGAUUUUAGGGGAAGGGCUGCUUGUUACAAGCAAGAUUGGAUUGUUGGUAUUCGCUCAGGACUCGGGAUAUUGGCCCCCACAACUUACAUCUUCUUUGCUUCUGCUCUUCCUGUCAUUGCCUUCGGAGAGCAACUAAGUAGAGACACAGAUGGAAGCUUGAGCACGGUGGGGACUUUAGCUUCCACUGCUAUCUGUGGCAUUAUACAUUCCAUAUUUGGAGGGCAACCCCUUUUGAUACUAGGAGUUGCAGAGCCAACUGUUAUAAUGUACACUUAUUUGUACAACUUUGCUAAGGGAAGGGAAGAUUUGGGACAGAAACUAUACCUGGCUUGGGCUGGAUGGGUCUGUGUAUGGACAGCUCUCAUGCUGUUUGUUCUGGCAAUAUUCAAUGCUUGUGCUCUUAUCAAUAGAUUUACAAGGAUUGCAGGCGAACUUUUUGGCAUGCUGAUUGCAGUUCUAUUCAUGCAAGAGGCUAUCAAGGGUAUGGUGAGCGAAUUUCAAAUACCUGAGGAUCAAGACUCCAAUUUGGAAAAGUAUCAAUUCCAGUGGCUCUAUACGAAUGGAUUACUGGGGAUCAUAUUCACUUUUGGUCUACUAUACACUGCUUUAAAAAGCCGGAAUGCAAGGCCUUGGUGGUAUGGCACAGGUUGGUUCAGAAGUUUCACUGCAGACUAUGGGGUUCCUUUAAUGGUUGUAGUGUGGACAGCGUUGUCAUUUACUGUACCAAGUAAGGUUCCAUCUGGAGUACCCAGAAGGCUCUUUAGUCCUCUCCCUUGGGAAUCUGCAUCUUUGGAUCACUGGACUGUGAUCAGAGAUAUGGGGAAAGUCCCUCUGGCUUACAUCUUUGCUGCCUUUGUUCCUGCUGUGAUGAUUGCCGGGCUUUACUUUUUUGACCAUAGUGUUGCAUCACAAAUGGCACAACAAAAGGAGUUUAAUCUUAAAAAUCCGUCUGCAUACCACUAUGACAUCCUGUUGCUGGGAUUUAUGACAUUGCUUUGUGGAUUGAUUGGGCUGCCGCCUUCAAAUGGGGUCCUUCCACAAUCUCCUAUGCACACCAAGAGCCUCGCUGUGCUCAAAAGACAGUACAUACGAAGGAAGAUGGUGAAGAGUGCCAAGGAAAGUAUAAAGCAGAAAGCUAGCAGUUCUGAAAUUUAUGGCAACAUGCAAGCCGUGUUCAUUGAAAUGGACAGCAGUCACGUUACUGCAGUAGUUAAGGAGCUGGAGAACUUGAAGGAGGCAGUUAUGCAAGGUGAAUUGGAAGGAGAGAACAAAAAGGAAAAAUUUGAUCCAGAGAAGCACAUCGAUGCUUACCUGCCUGUCCGAGUUAAUGAGCAGAGAGUGAGCAAUUUUUUGCAGUCUCUCUUGGUGGCGGCAGCAGUGUGCGCCAUGCCGGCUAUUAAGCAAAUUCCUACAUCAGUUCUUUGGGGUUAUUUUGCUUACAUGUCCAUUGACAGUCUCCCAGGAAACCAAUUCUGGGAGAGGAUGCUACUACUCUUCAUUGCACCUAGCCGGCAAUACAAGGUCUUGGAGAGUGCUCAUGCAUUGUUUGUAGAGUCAGUUCCAUACAAAUACAUCGUCAUAUUUACUCUCUUCCAAUUUGUGUAUCUUCUGGUGUGUUUUGGUGUGACAUGGAUUCCUAUAGCUGGAAUCUUGUUCCCUUUGCCAUUCUUCCUUCUCAUCAGCAUUCGGCAACAUCUCCUUCCCAAGUUCUUUCCACCACAUCAUCUGCAGGAGCUGGAUGCAGCUGAAUAUGAUGAAAUAUCCGGCGAUCCAAGACGUUCUCUCAGUCUCUCUUUCACGGAAAAGGAAAAGUCUCAUCCUGGAACAGAGGAAGGCAAAGUAGAAUUUUCUGAUGCUGAGAUGUUAGAUGAGCUAACAACUAGCAGAGGGGAGUUGAAGGUUAGAAAUGUAAGCUUCAAUGAAGAUAGACAGAGUCAGGUUCAUCCAGCGGAUGGUUCCAGUUCUUCUGAAUAGACUAAGAGGUAGAAGAUAGAUGGAAGAUAAGGAAAAAGCUGAUGCAACAAUACUGUUACAGAUUAGAGGGAAGAUAAGAAAAAGGUUUUGAUCUUUGAAGGAUGCCAUUGUAAAAGCAGUAGAAUUGGCAUAAAAUGGAGAGUUCAAUGAAUGGAGUGGAAUAAAAGACAUGUAAGAGCUGAUUUGCGGGCCUCAGAUACAGAUUAGAUGAACCCCAUGAUUAAGACCAUCCCUUUGUACCCCUGUAAAGAGAGUUUCAGAAAAUUUACAUUCUCUUAUAGUUCCAAUA